AUAACUAUACGGAGUUUACGUGUCCAUUUCUUCUCGAGAUGAAAGACAGUUUCAAGCUUGGAUACAAUGUUUCCACAUGCUUCCCAAACACUAAAAACAGUGUGUGAUGAUAAAAUGCCUAUGCCAGUUGCACCGGUAAGGACAGGGGCUAUGCUCGCGUUAGAGUUAAGUAAGAUCCUCUAUUUCUUGCAUUUGGAAAGACUACGUACGUUGCCGAACUUUCUAGUAACAUUAGCUACAAGUUACUUCAAAUAGCAACGGGACUUGCUGCUCUGCUCUCCUCACUAAAAAGAGUUGAAACUGAAACUUAACACCUCCUGGAGCCAAGGGGCAUAACCGGCGAGAGUAUCAGCUUGGUUUGUGAACCACCACGCGCUUGUUUGGGGCAUUUCUUCUUUACAUCCUUUCAAGAUAUAUUUUCUCCGCAGUGUUUAUGUAAUCUUUCCAAUUUAGCAGUGAAAUUAACAUUCGCUAAUGUCAUUGGGCGAAGAGGGCCUAUUACCGCGGUAUUUAGCCUGCUAGUAUCGUCACAGAAAUUUAAGUACAGUGAGGUAGUGAAAGCUAGCACAUACUGUCACGUUAGCAAGCUAGCGGAUCAUUGACGGGACUUGAAAGACGUUGACAAGCUACCUUUUCUCACAACAUAACCUUACAUUGACAAUCUGCGCGACCAGCAAAUAUUAAAGACUGGGCAGGCAUGCCUUCUAAGCGGCGUUCACAGUCAUGGUCUGAAGUGAAGCAGACGGGCAACGAAUGUUUUAAAAAUGGCCAGUACGGAGAUGCUGCAUCCUUUUACACUCAAGCUAUUCAGCUAUUGGAGAAAGCCGGUGGCACUAACCAACAGGAUCUUAGCAUCCUGUAUUCAAACCGAGCAGCCAGUUACUUGAAGGAUGGUAACUGUGAACAGUGUGUGAAGGAUUGCACUGUAUCUCUUGACUUGGUUCCCUUUGGUAUGAAGUCUCUGUUGCGUCGAGCUGCAGCCUAUGAAGCCCUGGAAAGAUACAGACUGGCUUAUGUGGACUACAAAACAGUCUUACAGAUAGACUGUAAUGUCCCAUCAGCCCAUGAUGGAACAAACAGAAUGACAAAGGUUCUGACCGAAAUGGAUGGUCCAUCAUGGCGAGAGAAGCUUCCUCCUAUCCCGACUGUGCCGAUUGCAGUUAAAGAAAAGCUUUUACAGUCGACAGCCUCAGCCCCAGCCCCAAAUGCACAGCAAAAUGGUGUCAAAGAAAAAGCCAAGCCAGUUGUGAGUGAUGCAUCGAUGAAAAAAGCCAGGACUUUAAAAGAGGAGGGUAAUGCACUGGUGAAGAAAGGAGAACAUAAGAAGGCGGUGGAGAAGUACACCCAGAGUCUCAAACAAGACCCCACAGAAGUCACAACUUACACUAACAGGGCGCUGUGUUACAAUGCCUUGAAGAAGUACAAAGAAGCAGUAAAAGAUUGCUCGGAGGCUUUGGGACUGGAUGCAGCCAAUAUUAAAGCCCUAUACAGACGUGCACAGGCAAACAAGGAGCUGAAGGAGAACAAAGCAUGCAUUGAGGAUCUUAACAUCUUGCUUAAAAUUGAACCACAGAACACCGCUGCUCAGAAAUUAUUGCUUGAUGUGCAGAAUACUAAGUGAUGUGGUGUAAAGGCCCAAAGAAACAACAAGGGACCCUACUCCGACCCGCUGUUCAUGUUCCAAGUGCCUACAAGACAGCCUAAGCUUGAUUUCUCCUCAUAUUUAUCUAACUUCAAACUUUUCAUUAUGCACUUUUCCUCACAAAUGUGCCCAGUGUCAGUUGAUUUCUCCUCUGCUUUCAAGUUGUGCAUGACAUAGGAACUAAAUGUGGUGAAUAGAUAUUUUAAAUGUUUAUGUAAAUGUUUGAAGGUGUUGAAUCCGCAUUACUCCGGAAAUGUUUUCUUUUUGUUGGGUAAAGACUACAAAUAUUACCUACAUAAUGUUUUCCUUUGUAGAUCCACUGGUGCUGUCUCAAAUGCAGAAUGCAGAUACAGCUACAUGUAGUAUAGUUAAUCAUGGUAACGGACAUAGAUUAAGGUUAGGCCUUUUGGAAUCAGUCAUUAACAAUCACCUGGACAUGAACACAAAGUAAUACCGUCAUAUCUUCAUGUAGGCUUACACCAUAACAAUCAUAGGUUGUUCAGCAUACUUCAUGCAACAUUUGUUUUAUUCAUACGAGGCAUGAUGAGGUCAGUUGUUAGCAUAUCAAUAUUGGUGUGUUAUCGAUAAUGUUUUUGUAAUGACUACUUGCCGAAUUAAAAAUGAUGUCUGGUGUCUGUAUUCAGCAACUAAAA